AUGCAGUCUAAACAAACUCUUAACGAUUUUCCAAAAAUUAGUUUAAACCUUAAAAAUUCGGCAUUAAGUGCUGUUAAGGCGUUGCAUGUUGUCGCGUACGGGGAUAAAGGGUUGCCGCGACAAACUAGGAAGAAUUUGCGGAAUUUUACAAAUUUUGCGUGGGAUAAAGAAUCCCAGGAAUAUUCCACAAAAUUAGACGACAUUAAAAACAAACUAAGUAUGCCGGACUUAGUAGCAGUUUGCAGUGUUUUAGAUCUGAACUACACUGGUUCAGAAGACGACGUGAUUGAACGUAUUUGUUCAUUUUUGAACGACUUCAAUCUUGAAGAUGAGAAUGACGAUGAAGACGAAGACGCUAGCGAUGAUGACGGUGAUAAAGACGUUUAUCACAAGGAAAACGGUAAAGACGUUACCGAAGACGAUCGCUAUAAUGAAGAUAACGACGCAAAUAGUGAUAAAGACGCUUAUCACGAGGAAGAAGGUAAAGACGUUACCGACGACGAUAAUAAUGAUGACGAUAUGGAUGAUGAAAGAACGACGGAUUUAUUUACGAGGAAUAGAUCAAAAUCAAACAAAAUGACGAGAGGUAGACUGAAUGAUUCAUUUGCCUUAACUUUUAGAGACGUAGAGGAUAGUAUAAGAAAUUUCGACGGAAAAGACGAUUAUCCCAUAGGAAAAUGGAUCACUGAUUUUGAAGAAAUUUCCAAUCUGAUGGGAUGGAAUGAUUUGCAAAUGCUAAUUUUUGCUAAACGAUCUCUAAAAGGAAUAGCUAAACUGUAUAUACAGUCAGAGAAAGGAGUUAAUAGCUGA